GGUGCUCUCCCUUGUGCUCGCGACGCUUCUGGCAAGAGUCCCCUUGAUCUCAGUCUUGCGCUUCUUCGUCGCUCCACUACCUCCCCCAGCACCGCUGCUCCUGCUUCUGCGGCCGCUAUUGAUCCAUCAACAUCCGAUAUCAAUCCCUCCGAAGCACCACAGUCGGAAUCACCGCAACGGACAUCAGUUGUUGAGGGCAAUCGAAUCGAGCUUUCCAUGGUUCCCUUCCUCGCUUCUGUUGCUCGGUACCUAGUCAUCUCGGCUAAUUGUGUGUCACCGCCUCGUGAAGAGCAGUCGCUCCAGAGCCUGCCCAGUGCGUUGCGUAGUCGUAUUGAGUCGGUCGUGCAGACAGCGCUAAAUAGUGGCAUUUCCGCGCCUCUUCUAAUCGCCGCUUGUUUGGUUGCUGCGGUGGGCCUGCAGCCGCACGACGUCGAACCGGCUGAUCCUGUCGCUCCGCCUGCUUGUCUUUCCACCCUGGGGGACUCUGUUCUUGAACUCGCUCUCCAACAGUGUUUCUUGGAAGCUUGCCUCGCUUCUACCGCCAACGCAGAGGUCGCCAACGCUACAAAUGACAGCAGUAGCAGUGGUGAUGAUAGGGGUGCGAGUCUGACACACCAACAGCAUUGUCUCCUCGACAACAGUGAGACAUCCACGUUAAAUGACUUCUUUGCCACAGACAACCGUUCUGAGACGCGAGUGCUUCAGUCGGGAACUGUCAGUCCAACGGGGUCAUCAAUGUCCAUCGCGAACUUCCUAGUGCCCUCGGAGUGGUCUACAGGUGCUUCAAUGUCCACAGAACUCAGCCAUCAGCAACAGAAACAAGCCGAUUUCCCACUUAAUCUGUUAGAACUUAGUGAAGAGUUGCGAGAGUGUAUGGUCUGCUCAAGUCGGGAUAGAGGUGCUCUUCUUACACCUUGUGGUCACAUUGUUGCUUGUCAACAGUGCACACAGCUCCUCAAAAAGUGUAUCAUUUGCAGACAACAGGUUGAAGCCUACAGAGAGAUUCCAGCCUGUCGAGAAUGCACCUUCAGACCUGCAGUUACUCUAACACGUUCCUGCAACCACUUCCUCGUCUGUCGAGAAUGUCUAGUGCCUCGGGUGGCUCGGCUGAAC